AUGAUCCCGAAUAUGACAGUGAAGGAUUUUAACCCUCUAGAAGGGUUAAAUUUAAGUGUCGGCUUAAACGGAACAUUCCAGUUCGGAACAGAAUUGGACAUAUUCUUUCAACCGGAACACAUACUGAUCACUCUAUAUGUUCCUAUAAUAUUGCUAUCAUUAGUAGCAAACAUACUAUUGAUAGUAGUUGCCGUGAAAUGCAACUAUACUAAGAAUGUCACGAACAUAUUCCUGGUGAACCUGUCAGCUGCAGACCUGCUGGUGACCGGCGUGUGCAUGCCCAUCCAGCUCAGCAAGGCCAUCACGCUCGUCUGGUUCUACGGGGAGACGGUGUGCAAGAUCGUCAAUUAUAUUCAAGGUGUAGCAGUAGCAGCGAGUGUGUUCACGCUCACCGCGAUGUCGGUAGACCGCUGGCUGUCCAUCUCGCCCGAGCCGAGGAUGCGGCCGCCCGGCAGGCGACAGGCCGUCAUGCUGCUCGGCCUGCUGUGGUUCGCGGCGCUGCUCAUCUUCAUACCCUUGCUGAUGGUGGCUGUGGUUCGGAGGGAGACCGUGCCGAUCAUCUCGAAGGCUUAUAAGAAUAUUUCGAUAGAAACCCGAGAUGUGCACUUUUGUACAGAAGAGUGGCCUGGUCACGACACCAGGAAGCAGUUCGGGACCUUUAGUUUUACCAUUGUAUACGCAAUACCAGGCUCCAUCACGAUCCUGUCGUACGCGUGUAUGGGUCGGACCCUGUGUUCCGUGCGGCCGCCCUUCGACAUUGACGAGGGAAACGUCAGCAUGCAACAGGGCCUGCGUCUGAUGAAGGAGCGGAAGCGUGUGGCGUGGAUCCUGCUUCUACUAGCGGUGCUGUUUGCGCUGUGCUGGAUGCCGUACAACACCAUGCAAUUGCUGCUCGACAUCAACGCGGUCAAUGCUAAGGACCUCAGCAUGUACCUGCCUUACGCCUUGUUUAUUGGUGAGUUUGGUGCUUUUACUUAA